CCGUGUCCACCGCUCCUCUCCUUGGUCUACUGUAGCUACGAAGAUGAUAACGUCACCCCCAAAUAAAACUUUUCUACCAGAGCCGCCGCGGCUUCCUCUCCCAGUUUUCGCGUUCUCAAGCUUCGUACGAUGCUCGAUUGAGCUCUCUCUCUCUCUCUCUCUCUCGCGCGCGCGCUCCAACUUUGGGAAUUUUCCAAGUUUUUUUAUUAUUUUUAGGAGUUGGGUCUCAUGCAAUUUGUCGAUUUGGGGAAGGAUCGAGCUUAAAUUGGGCUCAAAAUGAGUUUUUUGGGGCGUUUAUGCCUGUAGAUUUGGGUGGUUAUAUGCUUAGGUUUCUCUAUUUGUGGAUCGGUUUCUACUGGGUUUAUUUUGCCUGGAAUGAAUCUGAAACAUAGGAGACCCCGCUUUUUUGAUUUGUUUUGAAUUAAUUGGAGUUUGAGAAGUGGGCUUUGCUCAAUUUGGCCGUUUGGAAAUGGGGAUUUACUAGUUCGGCUUCAAAUUUUGAUUUUUGUUGGAGUUUCGUCCUCAAAUUUGUGCUUAGAUGGCUCUAAUCCUUUUGGGUCUAGUGAUUUUGUUGCAAUCACCUCGGAUUUUGGUUUCUGGAUCGAUUCAGAGCCUCGCAAAGGUUUGUGGGGAUGAUCAGGUUGUUUACUUGGAAGAUUCUGAUGGGUACCAUCUUUCCCUCAAUCAGAGUAGGAUUGAGGAUCCUGUUCUUGCUUGUGAGAUGCUAAAAUCCUAUUUGGUGGAUGGUUGCUUCCUCUGCGACUCGCAAUCAUCCAAAGAAUGGUUAAGGAUCAGUAAAAAGUAUUGCGGUGGCAACUUUGAUUUGUUUCACCAUGAGGAUUGCAAGCCUAAUUCUGCGGGUUUUCAUCAAAAGGUGUCGAGGAAACUUUUACUGCGAGUGCCAGUAAAUGCCUCAAACCUAAAAUACCCUAGCGAGAUAAGUGAUUCAAAGAGAGAUGUGCAAGAUCAUAAUGUUUCCUCAGAAUCAGAUGAUAACUCUCUGGCCGUACCAGGAAUGAUCCUUUUAUGUGUUGGUUUUCUCUGUCCAUGCUUUCGCCCAAGAAAGAGAGAUACAGGCGACCAUAAUGUUAUCUCCAGUCAGCUGAAUCCAGUGGAUUCUGUUUCAUCCGUUGAAGUAAGCUCGUCGUCGGAAAGGACUGUGGCAGGCUCACUAAGAGUCCCUCCGAGUCCAUCUAGAUUUUCAAUGUCCCCACAGCUGAGUAGAAUUGGAUCGGUACAUCUCACCAUCCAUCAGAUUUUUAAGGCUACGCAGAACUUUUCACCUGCCUUUAAGUUAGGUGAAGGAGGAUUUGGAACCGUUUACAGGGCUGUUUUGCCAGAUGGCCAAGAAGUUGCUAUUAAGCGAGCAAAGAAGGAACAAUUUCCAGCUUCUCGAGAUGAAUUCAGUAAUGAAGUUGAGCUGCUUUCAAAAAUUGAUCAUAGGAACUUAGUGAGAUUACUAGGUUUUGUCGAUAAAGGAAAUGAGCGCAUUAUCAUUACCGAGUUUGUUCCAAAUGGUACUCUUAGAGAGCACUUGGAUGUUCAACGGGGGAAGAUCCUAGAUUUCAACCAACGGCUGGAAAUAGCUAUUGAUGUUGCUCAUGCACUGACCUAUCUCCAUCUUUACGCAGAAAAGACAAUAAUUCAUCGAGAUGUGAAGUCAUCCAACAUUCUUCUUACUGAUAAUUACAGAGC